CUUCUUCUUCUUCUUCUUCUUCUUCUUGGUGGCCGGCCAUGGGCAGAAGCGGCAUAAGGCUCUCGUGCUGCUGCAGGAGCAGGGCCGCAGCUCCUAUCCGACUCGGAUCUCCACAGCAGAAGCCGAAACCGAAGCCGAAGCAGAAGCUCAAGUUCGUCGCCGAUCGCGGGGCUUCGGUCGCGGAAGCAGCAGGCGGCGACGAAGCGAAGAAAGCGGCCGUGACGGGAAGGAAGAUCGUGGUCGCCGUGGACUCGGGACCGGAAGCGAAGGCUGCUCUCCAAUGGGCUUUGUCUCAUUCCCUCCACGACAACGAUUCCUUGGUUCUCGUGAGCGUUGUGAAGCCACGCCGGCGUCGUAAGUUGCCGUCGCUUGGCUUCGCUACUUCGAUCGAUGUCUUGUUCACCAGUUCUGCCUGCCGUGCACUCGCUGCAGGCGAUCGGUCCCAAACGGAGUGGAGCUCACGAAGCCAUCAAGCAUUUCUUGCCAUGCAAGGCAUGUGCCAAGCAAGAAGACCAGAGAUCAAAGUGGAACUAUCAGUGGUGGAAGGGCGAGAGCGAGGGCCGGCGAUCGUCGAGGAGGCCAGGAAGCAAGGGGCUUCACUGCUAGUGCUCGGGCAGAAGAAGCGAUCCAUAGCGUGGCGUGUGGUGAGACUGUGGAGUGGCAACAGCAUGAGAGGAGGAGUGGUCGACUACUGCAUCCAGAACGCCUCCUGCAUGACUCUGGCAGUGAGGCGGAAGAGCAGGAGAGGCGGUGGCUAUUCGAUCACCACCAAACACCACAAGAACUUUUGGCUCUUAGCAUGACCAAAUCUAUGAGACCAAAGGCUAUUGUCCAUAAUAUAUUUUCUAAUUUUAACUCAGCUA